AAUUGUUCAAAAGUAUAAUAUUCACCGUAAGGGGUUAUAUACGUUACCUUUGCAAGCAGUCAAGCAAUUUAAAGCAGAUCUCGUUCAUAUUAUAGGAAGCAAACUCAAAGAGCAUUAUAGUUGGUCAGGCAAACAAACUAUCACAUUUCCGUGUUUAGAAAGCUUAUUUUUUGGUGCUUUUAAGGGACAUAUUCAUUAUUAUAAUCGUAGAAAUCAUAGCUAUAAGUGUUUUUUUCACGGACCAGAUGCAUAUUCACAAUUAGCUAGUUUAUUUAAAAAUCAGAAUUGGAAAUGCAAAUUCUUUAGCAAUGAUCAACAGACAUUUAUUUUGUUGUUCAACGCACAGGUUCAAAAAGCCAACUAUAAAAAAAAAUCCGAAUUACCAAGAUUAAUGGUCGAAUAG